AUGGCGGCAAGUGAGAAGGGAGAGCUCUUUACUAUUUUAGAGACGAACGCUGAGACAGAUAAAGACACUGCAUCCAAUACAGAAUCGUUUCCUUUGAAUCUGUCUGCUGAUGUCAAGUGGUUAGAAAUCCCUUUUAGAAAGAGAGUGGAGGAAGAAGACGAAUACGAAAACGAGCUAAGAGGAGAACAAGCAGCAGCUGCAGCAGCCUCUGGUAACAGAGACGGUGGCUGCAGUAUCCUUUUAGGGGCCGACAGUGAUUUCAAGUAUGAGGACUUGGAUGAUUCCUAUUCAGGGAGUGGCUGCACAGAAACCACUGCAAAUGACUCUGACAUUGAUUUCUCUGAUCUGGAGGAAGAGCUGAGCGACCUGCGCGGUCCAAUAGGUGAAUGCGACGAGGACUGUACCUCCAAAAGCUUCUGGGGAGAGCCCGACCAGCCCAUUUCUAUAGAGGAGUUCACUGCCAGCACUGGCCCCCGGCACGCGCUCGGGGACAAGGCGGACAGCCGCGACUAUUUCCGGCUGCUCUUCCCAGACACGCUGUUGGAGCACAUUGUGGAGCAGACCAACAAUUAUGCCCUCUACAGGCAGAGGAAAAGCGGGAAACUGGACCCACACUGGCGGCCCACAGAUCUUAGGGAAAUGCAAGCUUACAUUGGACUCAAUAUUUUAAUGGGCAUAAACCAGCUUCCAGAUUAUGGAAUGUACUGGGCCACUGAUAUUUUCAUUGGCAAUGCCGGCUUCAAAAAGACCAUGACUGCCCGUAGGUUCGAGAAGCUGAACCAAAACAUUCACCUGUGUGACCGGGACCAGGAGCCAGCCCGCGGGCAGCCGGACUAUGACGGGCUGUACAAGAUCAGGCCCCUGCUGGACGUGGUGCAGAAGACCAUGUGGGAAGCCUACGGGGCAAACAGGUGCCUCACUGUGGAUGAGGGGGCCAUUGCUGUCAAGGGGCGGUUCUCAGCCACGCAGUACAUGCCCUCCAAGCCAAUCAAGAAGGGUCUGAAGGUGUGGAUGCUGUGCGACUCCAAAUCAGGCUACUGCCACCGCGCCAACAUCUACGUUGGCAAGUCCAACGAGGACUCGGGCAUAGUCGGCUACAGGGUGGUCACAUCACUCGUCAGGGGCCUGGAGGGCAAGCACCACCACGUCUUCCUCGACAGCUUCUUCACCUCGGUGCCCCUGGUCCAUAAGCUGCUCGAGCUGGGGCUGUACAUGUGCGGCACCACCCAGCAGAACCGCAAGGGUUUCCCGGAUGCCCUCAAGCUGAAGAACGUGGGCAAGCUGGCGCAGGGCGAGUUCUUCCAGUGCCAGCACGGCAACAUCCAUGAGGGACACCAAAGUGAUCAGCUGCCUGAGAACAUGCGGGGCGUGGACCUCUGCGACCAGCUGCGGGAGUGCUACCUGGUGGGCCGCCCCUGCAAGAAGUGGUGGCGCUACUUUCUGUGGUUCUACCUUAACAUCUGCAUUGUGAACGCCUUCAUCAUCCUGAGGGAGAGCCGUAAGGGCAACCCGCCACCCGGCUUCAGCGGGAAACAGUUCACUCAGCGGCACUUCCGGAUCCGGCUGGCGCAGCUGCUCAUCGGAGACUACCAGGGCACCAGGGGCGUGGAGCGGGCAUCCCGGAAGAGGCACUCUGAUUCGCCCGUGGAGUACGGGCACCGUCUGGAGCGCAUGUCAGAGCGAUCUAGGAGGUGCCGGAACUGCACCAACAGAGGGCUCCGCCACGAAAGCGUUUUUGGGUGCAAGAUUUGCAAUGUCCAUCUCUGCAGAGGAGGCUGCUUUGCAGAGUUUCAUAAAUGA